UACACCGAUUGGCUUGGUGAACGCAGCGAGGGUCCUACCAUUGGUCUUCAACUCUUCCAGGUCUUUCCUACUGUUUUAUGGCAAUUGUUUAGGAGAUUCGUUGAACUAACAAGCUAGCUAGACAACACACUAGAAUAAAGACUUGGAGACAGAAUGGCAUCAGAAUCUCCGCGCAGACCAAGCCGCUGUGCUGGAGGGGUUGUGGUGCGAGCACAAGCUGCCACUGAGCAGUCGUAUAUGGAGAGUGUUGUGACUUUCCUCCAAGAUGUGGUCCCUCAGGCAUACACUGGCGCACCCCCAACUGAUGAAAAAGAGAAAAUAGUUUGGGUCAGAUUUGAGAAAGCCGACAUCAAUGAUACGUCCCGCUCCCCAGAGUUCCUGGAGAUGCACAGUGGCAGCAGUGACCCUCCCCUCUGCCUCAUGAUUGGUUAUGCAGACGGGAUGCAGAUCUGGAGCAUAUCCCUGGGUGGGGAGGCCCAGGAGCUUUUCUCUGUCCGCCACGGACCUGUGAGAGCUGCCCACAUCCUGCCAGCGCCCCACAUCAGUCCGCUGAUGAUUGAUAGUUUUGCGGACAAAAGGCCUCUCCUGGGGGUGUGCAAGAGUACCGGGUCCUCGGGGACCAGCCCCCCAUACUGCUGUGUGGACCUGUACUCUCUGAGGACAGGGGAGAUGGUCAAGUCCAUCCAGUUCAAGACGCCCAUCUACGACCUGCACUGCAAUAGGGAGAUUCUAGUUGUCGCCCUGCAGGAGAAGAUUGCUGCAUUCGACAGCUGUACCUUCACCAAAAAGUUCUUUGUUACAAGCUGCUUUCCAUGUCCGGGCCCCAACCUAAACCCCAUAGCACUGGGAGGACGCUGGCUAGCCUACGCUGAGAAUAAGUUGAUCCGGUGUCACCAGUCUCGAGGCGGUGCCUGUGGGGACAAUGCCCAGUCUUACACAGCUACUGUCAUCAGCGCUGCUAAAACCCUAAAGACUGGUCUCACCAUGGUGGGGAAGGUGGUGACCCAGCUAGCUGGUACUCUACCCACUGGCACCCCCGACGAGGAGGGUGCUACCCCCCACAGCACCACCCGCCGAAGCCCCCAUGCCCCCGGAGUAAUCACCGUCAUUGACACACACAACGUCGGAGAGGGACAGGUCCUGGUGAGUGAGGACUCAGAUGGAGAGGGAGUGGUGGCCCACUUCCCAGCCCAUGACAAACCCAUAUCCUGCAUGGAAUUCAACCCCAGCGGUAUGCUGCUGGUGACUGCAGACACCCUGGGCCAUGACUUCCAUGUGUUCCAGGUCCUCACACACCCCUGGGCCUCCAACCAGUCUGCUGUCCACCACCUCUACACACUGCACCGCGGAGAGACUGAGGCCAAGGUCCAGGACAUAUGUUUUAGCCAGGACAGUCGCUGGGUGGUGAUCAGCACACUGCGUGGCACCUCCCACGUCUUUCCCAUCAACCCCUACGGUGGUGCGCCUUGCGCCCGCACUCACAUGUCCCCCCGCGUGGUCAACCGCAUGUCCCGCUUCCAGAAGAGUGCAGGGCUGGAGGAGAUAGAGAAUGAACUGAACAGCAAGCAGGCUGGAGGAGGGAGAUGCAGCCCCAUCCCUGGGCUCUCCAGCAGUCCCUCGGGGUCCCCACUACACGGAGCAAAAUGCAGAAAGAAAAGAGAAAAUAGAGCUAAACUCACCAGCCAGGAGUCGUACAACAACUUCACCAACAACAACAUGGGUAACCCUCGUCUGUCCCCUCUGCCCAGCCUCACCAUAGUGCUGCCCCUGGCACAGAUCAAACAGCCCAUGACCCUGGGCACCAUGACCAAGCGCUCCGGACCUUACCUCUUUGGGGCAGGAUGUUUUGCCAUUAAAACUCCAUGCAAAGCCAAGCCUCUCCCUCAGAUCUCCCCCAGUAAGUCCAGUGGAGGAGAGUUCUGUGUGGCUGCUGUCUUUGCUGCCUCACGCUCAUGGUACAUGACCAACCCCAACAUGAAGAGAGAGAAAGACCAGUCCAGCCGGUCAGUGGUGGAGUCCCUCUACAUCCUCAGUUGCUAUGGCACCCUGGUGGAGCACGUCCUGGAGCCUCGGCCAAUCAGCACGGCCCAGAAGAUCAGCGAUGACACGCCCCUGGAGCUCAACACAUGUCCACGGGCCUGCUGGAGCCUGGCCAGGACUCCACUGUGGAAUGAGCUGCAGCCUCCCUUUCUCUCCAACCACCCUCUGGUGUUGGCCUCUGACCUGGUGCAAUAUUACCAAUACCUCCUGGCUGGAUUGGUGCCCCCUGGAAGCCCUGGCCCUAUCACGCGCCACGAGUCUUAUGACAGCCUGACGUCGGACCACAGCGGACAGGAGGACGAGGAGUGGCUCUCACAGGUGGAGAUAGUCACCCACACAGGGCCUCACCGUCGGCUGUGGAUGGGUCCUCAGUUCCAGUUUAAGACCAUCCACCCAUCUGGUCAGACUACGGUCAUCUCCUCCUCCUCCUCCGUGCUGCAGUCCCAGGGCCCCAGCGACAUUCAACAGCCUCUGUUGGACUUCCACACUGAUGACCUGGACCUACACAGUCUCAGGAUCCAGCCCGUGCGUUCUGAGCCGGUCAGCAUGCCUGGUUCCUCUCGGCUGGUGGCUGAACGGAGGGGACAGGGGACGGUCAUUGAUAUAGGAUCGGGGACGUUUGACCGCAGUGUGACCCUGCUGGAGGUGUGUGGAAGCUGGCCAGAGAGCUUUGGCCUGCGUCACAUGAGCUCUGUGGAGUCCACCGAGGAGGGGCUGAGAGAGAGGCUGGCAGACGCCAUGUCAGAGUCACCAUCCAGAGACAUAGUGGGCUCGGCUACCGAGCUCCAGAGGGAGGGCAGCAUUGAGACUCUCAGCAACAGCUCUGGUUCCACCAGCGGCUCCAUCCCCCGUAACUUUGAGGGCUACCGCUCUCCGCUGCCCACCAACGAGAGCCAGCCCCUCAGCCUCUUCCCCUCCGGAUUCCCCUAGAGGAGACCAGGAGACAGCCUGCCUACAACCCUACAAGACCUGGGGUCAAAUACUAUUUGAUAUCUUUCAAAUGCUUUGAGAGUUUGCUUUAGUCUGCCUGGAAUCCCUGAUGGGAGGGGACUACAUUUGAGACUGUUCUAUUGGUUCCAUUACGCCAGACAAGCUCAAUAAAUCCCAGAUAAAGUAUUUGAAAUUAUUUCAAAGAGUAUUUGAACCCAAGUCUGCUAACUACUGUCCAUCCUAGCGCUUCACACAGCACAGCCGGACAGUCUUGAUGGUCUCUCACCAUGUUGAUAUUCAUUAGGAUGUUAUUGUGAGCAGUGGUCCCCUCCUCUCUCCCUCUCUCCAAAUCCAGGAACUGUCCAGUGCUUCUCCCACCUGCCGAUGUGUUUAUGCUUAUGUGUGUGUGUGUGUGGGGGGGGGGAAUAAUGUGUCACAACGAGUGUGUUUCAUUUUGGGUGUGUGUGCUGCUCCGUGUGAGAGAGAAGGCUGAGGCCGGGUGUAUUGAGUGAGCAGUGUGUGACUCAGUCCCUCCUGUGUGUGUGUGUAUAAAAAGUACUCUGAUGAUCAUGGGUGUCCCAAAUGGCACCCUAUUUCCUAUAUACGCUACUUUUUUGCAACAGAAAAGAGGUCUGUGCUUUAAUAAAAUAAAAGGCUUAUUCCUUUCUUGUAUACACACACCUCAAACAAAAGCACACGCUUGUACGCUGAAUAAUUACUUUGCCGACUUGCUUUUCUUAGUGAAUGAGUCAUUGCUGGACUUGACCAGACCACAUAGGACUUGAUAUGAAGUCUGAUCUGAUACAAUAGUGAGAACAGAAAGAAAGGCUUAAAACUGACUCUGAAUAAUUGGUCACUAAUUUUGUGUUCUGUGUUAAAAACACGAUACAAUCCUAGUCCUUUGUCUGGGGAAUGGAUGACUGGCUGACUAUAGGGGUCUGUUCUGAAAAAUGCAACGUUACAGGACUUUUGGGGAGAAAUACAUUUUAUAGAUCAGAUAUGUCCUGUAGCAAAAGGAGUCAUUGCAGAUCUAUAUAUUAUAUUUAUAUCUGCAAUGUUUCACCCUAUUGAACACAGCCAUGUUCCUGUAAUUCUGCAUGUUGAAUGAGUCAAUGGCUACUGAUGCUUGGUCACUGGCUAAUGUAACAUAAAAGGGUAAUAAUAAUAAUAAUAAUAUAUGCCAUUUAGCAGACGCUUUUAUCCAAAGCGACUUACAGUCAUGUGUGCAUACAUUCUACGUAUGGGUGGUCCCGGGGAUCGAACCCACUACCCUGGCGUUACAAGCGCCAUGCUCUACCAACUGAGCUACAGAAGGACCACCUGAUUAAUUGAUCCUUUUUAAUGCAGAACACAUGCUUAUUAAUACAUUUUCACUGUAAUAUUGAUUUUGUACAAUACUGAGUAGUUAUUUGCUAUACAUUCGUGUUAAUGAAAUACUGAAGACUUGGAAAAUAGUUUGCUGUGUUAUAUUAUCACCCCUGGAUAUUCAAUGAUUUCAUAUAUACUAAGUAAAUAUAACAGCUGCAUAGUCAUUGUUUUAAUCACGUGUACAAAAGUUAGCAGCUUGUGCUUCUGUAAAUGUAAAGAGACUUCUCGUUUAAUUUAAAGAAAAUAAAUAAACCACACCAAAGCCAGUACACAUUUUCUGCCAGUUUAUUGUGGAAAAGCAGACUGUGAAUACAACACUCUAAAACUUAUCUGACACUCAGAACAAGAAUCAAAUGAACUACAAAAUGUUCAAGAAUCUAAAAUCAGUACAAGACUAAUUGAUGUAGGGCCCCUAUGUUUAAAUGCAAUUCACUUACCUUAGACAGGAGCAAAACCAGGCCAGAGACUGAAACAAUGGCCAUGUGAAUGUGUUUGAGCAGGCAUACUCAGGCCAGCAAGCACUGGCUCUGCUCUUGCCUUCAGGUUGUUUGCCCCAUAGAAAAAUAAUGAAUUGAAUGGGCUUGGAACUUCUAACUCUGGCAUUUUUGAUUGGUAAACACAUGGGUACACUUACAGUGGCUGCCUGGUAAUGUGAUGCAAUAAUUUCCAUGUUCAUUCAAACUAAUGUAUUUUUUUGUAAUGUCAGUUUAAUCAACAAAUUACAGCACAUAUGACUUGUCCACCCAUAGAGUACCACAGUAUGAGUCAUAUACCCAUAAAACCUAGCGGUCAAACAGGGAAAUGGUUCAAAUCAUUUUUCCACUAUUCAUCAUCAUUCAUGGGGGAUUUUAUAAACACUUAAAAUAAGGGCUGUGUUUCAUGUAGGGUUACCCUGGUGUGACGUUUUGAUAACAGUGUAAAUCUGUCUAGGACAGGGUUACUUUUAUCAAUAAUUUGCCUGUCUCCCGGUCACAGCCGGCUGGGAUCGAACCCGAGGCCGUAGUGACGCCUCAGCACUGCCCUUUUGCCAGUUUUAAAUUGACACAAUACCUGAUAGCAGAGGUGUCAACUAGAGAUGACGUGCAGGAGCUUGCAGAGAUUUGUAGUUUUGCGUGACGUCUACUUUGAAGCUAAUUAGCAUUUUUGAAUCUGAGAGUAAAUAGAGCCAAAUAUAUUGAUAAGUCACCUUGUCCGAGAGAGAUUUACAUGGUUAUCAUAACAUCACACCAGGGUAAGCCUACAAGAAACACAGCCCUAAUUUUAAGUGUUUCUAAAUUCCCCUAUGGGAAAAAUUAAUUAUGGAAAAAACGAUUGGAACCAUUUCCCUGUCUGACCACUGGGUUUUAUGGGUAUUAUGACACCUCCACUGUGGGCAUAAUUGACUUGAAUGGGAACGCCUGUUCUAUUCAUUAUAUUUCUAUGGUUUGCCCACUGACGCUCCCCUGGUGCCCCACACUGUGACAUGAUGCCCUGCAUACCAAUGUCUCUCUAAGUCUGAGGGAACCAUGCCCAGGCCAGUGCCCCAGCUGGCACCUCUACCAGGGGUAGGGGCCUGUUAAAGGAGGGCACACCUUAGCUGUUUCACUCUGUUUCAAAACGUUGUCUGCCUCCUGAACAUGACCCUGGUUUUUACCCUCCUCUCCUGUGACAGUCUCCAUUUAUACCCAUCCUCCUCUGCCAGCAAACCCUGUGAAUAGAUAGAGCAGCGAGAGGAGAGACAAGGUUGGCACCAGGAGAGAAGCCGUAUUGAUACAUAGCUAGCUACAACCACUUGUGGACAGGUUUGCUAAGCUUUUGCUAACAUUGUUUUGCUCAAAAUCAAACAGAAAAAAAUUCACUGCCCAAAGAUUGCAAAUUACAGAGCAAAAGUAAUCUCCAUCCAACCUCAUAUACUGUAUUUCUUUAACUUUGUGUGAUUUAUUUGUGUACAUAUCUGUGUCUUAAAAUGUGAUGGAAUUUGUUAUUCACUUAUAUUCACUUAUAUUCAAUAAUUUAUCAGACUGUAAUAGCAUUAUAAUGUGUGUACAAUACAAAACAUUUAACAAUAUCAGAUCUGAAAUAGUAUUUUGAUUGCUGUCAUUUAAUUGUCGUCAUCCUCUCAACUAAAUAGACUAGGAAGACUUACAUUGUUAGCCAAUAUGUAUGUUAGGCAAGUAAAAUUCCCUCUUUUUUAAUCACUUAUAAUUAUUUUUCUUUCCUCAGUGCACUCUUUUGAUCCACAAAGGAGACAACUAGAUAUCAAAUAGGUCUACUUCGAAUUAAUUUAUAGUGCCAGCCAUUUGAAACCAAUCAAAGGCAAUACCAUGUAUUAUAUCCUAUUGUUCGUAUGAAUAUGACAGAAAAAUAUAUUGGGAAAUGCCGUGGUCAUUGCAGGUAUGUUGAUGACAUUUUAUGACCUUUUAGUGAAUAAAACAAAUAUCACUAAACAGUUACAAUUCGCAUAGGGCUAUUGUUAAUUUAAUGUACAAAUGUAAUCUUAGACACUUUUCAGAGCAGGCUUUUCAAUCGUCUAACAGGAGGCGAAUACUUUUUUUAUAACCUAACAGUUCUGUGUUGUUUACAUUGCCAAAGUGUCCAAUGAAAAUGUUUUAUGCAUCAAUGAUUUUAUUCAAACGAAACGCUUCCUCAUAAACUGAGGACCCCAAUCGCCUGAUUCUGAGCAAGAUUAUAGCCUGCCUAUGUGUACACUUAUUUCUAAUUCAAUGAUAGAGACCAUCGUGUGAGCGGUUACGUUCGAAAUUGAACACGGGAAAGUGCUUUCCUUGCUAAAUGAAAGUAUGUCUGAAAUAAAUGUAAUUUCCCCCUGACCCAAGUAAUUUCAUAUCGCUUCUGUAUAUAAUACGAUUCAAUGUAUUCGGUCGCAUGAGUUGAAAAUUGAAUUUUGAAGCACUGUCAACAAGUUCAACUCUGUUAAAUCAACACGAGUUUGAUAGGACUGUAGCCCAUAGUAGAGAGCAACAAGGCGAUUUUCAAGGGAACUGAGUGCAUGUCAAACAUAAUUGCCAGCCUCUCCAUGUUGUGUUGCAACAUCACAUCAAAUUGAUCAAGGCUGUUAUAGAGUUACGUUCCUGAACAGAAAUUGAUAUGCUAUGUGCACAUACAUGUUGUCAAUAGGACAUUAAGUCUACACUUGUUGUAUUCGACGCAUGUGACAAAUAAAGUUUGAUUUGAUUAA